AGUGCUGAAGAACCAGCCUGGCUCCAGUGGCUUCGAAAGGACCCCAGCCCUCGAGGACCCCAGCCCACAGCCCUCUGCUGCCCACAGGAUGGGAGCCUGGGGGCUGGGAGCCCGGCCAUGAGGGAUUACUGCUCCUCCCCGCCAAAGGCCAGCCCUGAACCCCCCAGGCACACCCCUGCCCCAAGCCCAGGCAUGGACUCUAGACACAGCAGCCCCAGUGCAACUGGGGAAGGGGCCUCCUGCUCUGAGGAUCCUGGCAGGAGUUUGGCCUGCCCACCCCUGACCCGCAUCCCUCCCCAAGAGGCAGCCACCAAGGAGACAGUGGGAGCACAUGGAGCCUCGAUCUCAGGAACACCAGAAGUCACCUUCUCUGGGAAGCCGGAGCAUGUGUCCUCGGCGCACACUGACCCCUCAUCCUUGGAGAGCAGAAAGCCUAUGUUCUGGGAGAAGUUGGACUCCAAGCCUUCAAAACAGGCAGAUCCCACUUGCAUAGAGAAGGAAGAUGCCGGGUCCUUGAGAAAGGCAGAUCCCAUGUCCAUAGGAAAGACCGAGCCUGCCGUCUUGGGAAAGGGGGACCCUGUGGCUUCUGGAAGGAUGGAUCCUGGGACCCCAAGAGAGGGGGAUCCUGUAUCCUCGGCCAAAGUGGGCCCUGCGUGCCCAAGACGGGAGGAGCCCAGGUGUUCAGGACAGAAGCUUCUUGUGUCCUCAGAAGAGGCGGGUUCUGCAUCUGCGGGCAAGGCACAUCCUGUGUCCUUGGGGAGGAGAGAUCCUGGGCCCGCAGGGAAGGCGGAUCCCGGGUCCUUGGAAUACGCCCCUUCUGCGUCUGCAGGAAAGACAGAUCCUGGGUCCUUGGCAAUGCUGACUCCAAGGUCACCGGUCAAAUUGGAGCCUAUGUCCCAUGGAACAGGGGCUCCGGGGUCGGCGGGAAGGGGUCGACGCUUGGAGAUGACAGAUCCUGUAUCCAUGGGAAAUGCAGAAACUGUGUCCUCUACAAAAGAGGACCCUCAGAUCCCGGGAAUGAUGGAGCCUGCCUCCUCAGGAAAGGGCGACCCCAUGUCUGUGAGAAUGACAGCAACCGGGUCUGCUGGGCAGGCGGAUGCUGGGUCGUUGAGCAAGGUGGGUCCAGUUUCUUUGGGGAAGGUGGGUCCUGUGUCCUCGGAAAAGCCAGAGCCCUUGUCUCCUGGGCAGGCUGAACUGACAUCUGUGGGAAAGACAGAAACUGCAUCCUCGGAAAAGGAGGACUCGGUGUCCUCCAGAAAAGUGGACCCCCUUAUUUCUGCGGGAAAUAUAAAAACAUCCUCUUCUGGGAAAGCGAAUCCUGAAUCUUUAGGGAAGAUAGACCCUGUGCCCUCGGUUCCAGGGGAUCCCAAGUGCUUGGGAACAGCGGGACCCUCGUCUUCUGUAAAAACUGGGGCCGUGACUGAGGGGAAAGCAGCGCCCCUGUCCUCAGAGAAAGCAGGUCCCGUGGCCUCUGGAAAGGUGGGUCCCACCCUCUCGGGGAAGGCGGACCCCGCCUUGGGCAGGGUGGACCCCGUGAGCAGGGGGAAAGCAGGAACCGUGCCCCCCGGAGAAGUGGACUCCGUGUCUGCAGCGCCCACAACUCUAGGGAAAACAGUCCUGGCACCCUCGGGAAAAGCCGAUGCUGUCCCAGAGGGAAAGGUGGGUGCUCUGCCUCCAGAGAAGGGGAGUCCUGUGAACUCCACGAAGGUGGGCCCCGGGGCCUUGGGGGACGCAGACACAAAGCCCCCUGGGCAUGAGGGUCCCACCUCAUCAGGAAAAGCGGAGGCUGCGUCUCUGCAGAAGGAAAAGCCACUGGCCUUGGAGAGGGAGGAUCCUGGAUCCUCAGGAAAAGCAGGCCCUGUUGCCUCUGGGAAGGUGGAGCCUCUGGCCCUGGGGAAGGCCGACUCUGCGCCACCCCCGGGAAAAGCAGAGCCCCCGUCCUUGGGGAAUGUGCCCCCGCUGACUCAGGAGCAGGCGGAGGCCCGCUCCGGACCCGGGAAAUCAGAUGGUAAAGCCUGCGGCUCAGCCACUUCUCCUCCCUCGGUUGCGGUUGCCGGGAGCGGCGGGGGCCCCGUGCAGCCAGCGCCAGCGGUCAGCACGGAGGCCUGCAGCCUGGGCCAGAAAGACCCCAUGGCCGCUGGGGCCCGGGGCAGCCCAGGCCCGGAGGCCGCUGCCCCCCCGCCAGGGCCGCGGACUCGUGACAACUUCACUAAGGCGCCGUCGUGGGAUGCCGGUGCCCCGCCGCCGCGCGAGGACGCGGGCACGCAGGCGGGCGCGCAAGGCUGCGUGUCGGUGGCUGUGAGCCCCAUGUCUCCGCAGGACGGCGCGAGCGGCCCAGCCUUCAGCUUCCAGGCGGCGCCGCGCGCGCCCAGCCCUGCGCCCAGGCCGCCCUCGCGUCGGGACGCGGGGCUGCAGGUGUCGCUGGGGGCUGCCGAGAUGCGCUCUGUAGCCACUGGACCUAUGACGCCGCAGGCCUCCGUACCGUCCACCGCGCCGCCCGCCUUCCCCGAGGUGCGGGUGCGGCCUGGCUCGGCGCUGGCUGCCGCCUUGGCGCCCCCGGAGGCGGCCGAGCCCGUGCGCGACGUGAGCUGGGACGAAAAGGGCAUGACGUGGGAGGUGUACGGCGCCUCCAUGGAGGUGGAGGUGCUGGGCAUGGCCAUCCAGAAACACCUGGAGCGACAGAUCGAGGAGCACGGCCGCCAAGGGGCACCCGCACUGCCCCCAGCCGCCCGCCUGGGCCCGGGCCGCGCGGGUUCGGUGCGUGCUGCGCCCCCCGAGGGUGCCGCCAAGCGCCCGCCAGGCCUCUUCCGCGCGCUGUUGCAGAGCGUGCGCCGGCCUAGGUGCUGCUCACGAGCCGGACCCACGGCCGAGUGA